AUGCGUCGCUUAUUAGUCAUUAUAGCCUUUAUAUUGAACGUGUAUAAAGUGCAAAGUUGGACGUUCUGUGACAGUGGCAGCCAGUGCGCGUGCCGAUACCAUGACAGGGUCGAUGAGGACUUCAUUCGACAGUACAUCGACUGCUCCCAUAAGAAAAACGUUAUUAAAGACAACAUAACAAUGCCCGAUAAAGCCUACGCCUUAGAUAUGUCGUCGAACGGUUUGAAAGCGCUUCGUUCCGGAAAUUUCUUACGUUCGAACAGUCUACAAGAGUUGGUGUUGAAGAACAACGAAAUAGCCGACAUCGAAGCAGGCGCCCUGAAGUUCCCGGAGUUGAAGAGAUUAGACUUGAGCAACAACCGGCUGGAGAGGAUAAACGGGGACAUUUUCAAGUCGAUCAGAAAGCUGGAGUAUUUGAAUUUAGCAGAUAACAACUUCGUUUCGUUCACGAAACUCACCUUCCACCCUCUGAGCGAGUUGAAGGAGAUAGUUCUGGACAACAAUGACAUUGGACGUAGCUUGGACGAUACCGACCUCUUCGAUAGAGACGGCUACGGAUUGACAAAUAAAAUUCGUAAGGUAUCCAUCAGCGGAAUCAAUUUAAAUGCGGUACACGACAACUUUUUUAUAGACGCGUACGACAUUAGGGAAUUGGAUAUUUCCAACAACAGUCUAACCGACUUAUUCGAGAUACCGUUCACGCUGGAACACUUGGACGUGUCUGACAACCCUAUUGUCGAGGUGGCCGAAGAGGAUUUCAACGACUUAACCGCAUUGAGGGUGUUGAAAAUGAACAACGUGGCUAUAAAGGAGGUUCCAGCCUACGCCUUUGCCCCGCUGCACGGCUUAAUUAAGCUGGAGUUGGAAAGAAAUAAGAACUUGACCGAGUUCAGCGCUUUGGCCUUCGGGCGGGAGGUUCUAGAGGACGCUGACGAUUUCCUGUUGGAGGAGUUGUCGCUGAAAUCCUCACGCCUGAGCAGCCUCGAUGAACGGCUCCAAGUGCCUCUUGGGCAGCUAGCAAGGUUGGACCUUCAGGGCAACCUUUGGCACUGCGACUGUCGACUUGUUUGGCUGAAGCAGUUUCAAAUUAAACCUAACGAUUACGAACACUUGAGAUGUUACACGCCGAAGCCGAUGUACAACAGUAAAGUAUUCGAGCUGAACUCGAAGUACUUCAAAUGUGCUGCUGCGAAGAAGCACGUGGGUGUGGCCAUCGGACUGAUCGCUUUCUGCAUGUUCGUCUCGGCGACGACCCUCUGGCUCUUCUGGUACCUGCCCAAGUGCCAGUCGAGGGGGAAGUUUAUUAGCGGCAUGUACAAUCCCGCCACGGCUUACGCGGUGCUACCGAUGAACGCCACAAGGGAGCUC